CAACAAUUCAAUACUUUUCUUGAAAUGCGUUGAUGAAAUUAGUGUAUCUCUCGCGUUUUUACUGAACUUAACGUGAGGAUACAUGUUGACAUUGAGUGCAGUUUUGUGAUUACUACUCUGUAGCUGACCUGGCUACUGGCUACUGUAUCAACAGUUCGUUACAUUGUUGUGGAAACAACAAUGUUUUUAAAAAUAUGCAACAUUUCAAAAAAGUAGCAAACAAACUGUCAAAAUUGUAUUUGGUAAGAUAUACCUAUUCAUUUUGAUACCAGUAGGCCUAUCGAUAUGUCGUCAAAAAGUGACAAUAAGCCCAGCACCUGUGGCAACCGGAGGAGAUCAAGCGCGACUAAAGAGGAUGUGAAGCGGAUGUGUCCGCAGCAGCGGGCCCGGUACCUGGCCUACGAGGAGCCGCCGAAAGAGGCGAAGACCUGGAUGGCGAUGUCUCGGCAGCGGGUGUCCGCCUGGGAGUCUUCCGCAGCCGGGGGGAAGAGACAAACACCCGUCGGUCAUCAUCACUGCGACGACAGGGACGAGGAAGAGAAGAGACGGCAAGACCUGAUCAUAGGACAGCUGAAGGCCGCGGAAGCCCGUAACAGAGUUCGACAGAUGAGACUGCAGUAUCGGAAUAUGAGGACCCAGGAAAUCAAUCUAAUGAUUUCGUGCCAGUCCAGCGCCCAGACCGCCGUCCGUCUUGAGUUGCUGCUGCCAACGGAGGAAAGCAAGAUAAAUACCAUCGAUUGUCUGGACAAACUGCAGAAAUAAUUUAGGACUCACAACCCGAAGACCACGUGUAACCACACCAGCCCAGGACUUCCACAUCUGGCUUCUUUAACCUGCGGGAUCGUCUGAGACUAGCCACCUGGGCAGCCGAUGAAACUGAGGAGUGUUUAUAUCUGUAAUAAAGAAAGCCCUUUUGUUGGGGAAAAACUUGUUCUGAUUGGCUGGGCCUGGCACCCCUGUGGUUACACGGGGUCUUCGGGGUGCGAGUCUGGUUUGACGUAUUGACAAAUUCUCUAAAACGACGUUGGAAGAAAGCUUAUGGUAGAUAAAUGAACAGUCAACGUCUGCGCCCCUGCCCAGACAUGUGAAAUCCAUAGAUUAGGGCCUAAUGAAUUUAUUUUAAAAUGACUGAUUUCCUUAUAUGAACUGGUACUGUAACUCAUUGAAGUCGUUGAAAUUGUUGCGUGUUGCGUUUAUAUUUUUGGUUCUGUAUAUUUAAACAUUUUUGUAUUUCUGGUAUGUAAGUCUAUGUGACAGUCAGCAGAUAAAUCAUAUCCAAUGAAUAAGUAAAGUGUAAGAAUGAAUCUACUUGUACUGUAAUGACUGCUGAGAUUUAUAAAGGAUGGAAUUAAACAUUGCCUAUAUCUAAUUGCAUUAUUCAUUCAUUUCAAUUUAUUAAGCACAUUUCAUUUUAUACUGUAUUUUCUUAUUGUGUAUACAAUACAAUACUAUUUUUUUUACUACUUUUUUAUUGAAUAUUUGUGAAUAUUUUUUUCUUAAAGUGUACUGCACUGUUGAGAGCUUGUAAGUAAACAUUUCA